AAUUUCGCGCCAAUACCUGUGUUGCUGUGAAAUGUGAAUUUGUUGUUGAUUUAAUAUUUUAUCUUCCCUACAUACUCAUAUCUCUUUAUUUAGUAACCUUUUGAACCAGCUUAUCAUUUAUGUUGUGAAUGAUAUCUGCAUAGUUUAUGCGAGUGCUACUGCGGCGCAGCUGAAGAAAAUUAUGGAUUUCAAUAGAAAAAGAAAAUUGACGAGGACCCCUCUAACCGGAAGUUUGGUGGAGACGUAUCCUCAUGAUCUUCAAUUAUACAAGGUUCCACCUGUUGAUAAUAUAACGCUUCAAGAAUUCGAAACUUUAGCUUUAGAGAGGCUUGCAUUAUUAAGAAGUUUAGCCUCUGCUACAACUCUCCAAGGCAAACGAACUAAUUCCAAAGAGUGGGUAGAAUCUGUUAUAGCAGAUUUGAAAAAACAAGGCUUAAAAUAUUAUGUCAGACUUUGUGAAAAAUCAGCAUGUGGUACUUCAGAAGAUGAUUUACAAAUAAGACGUAAAGAUCAUAUUGCACACUUUAUACUAAGACUUGCAUAUUGCAGAACUGAAGAACUUCGUCGUUGGUUCAUUGCACGCGAACUGGAAUUAUUUAAAAUGCGAUUCACGAUAAUGAGCAACGAAGCUGUUGACGCCUUUUUUAGGUUCAAUAAUCUAUGCUUUACAAGUAUUACAGAGGAAGAAAAAAAUUCUGUGCUGCAGAAUCUUAGGGAAUCAACACAUUAUAUUCACCAAAAUAUUGAUAAUAUUAAUUUUUAUAAAGUAAAGUUUUAUGAGGUUCUUGAUCUUGUUAAACUCAGGAGAGUUUAUUUACAAGGUGGAUAUGCUUAUAUACCUCAUAAAGACUUUGUUUCAGUUUUGUCAGGGCAGUUUCGAACCCAGCUUAGGCAAAGCUUAGCUAUUGCUUAUCAUCAUCUGGGAGAACUAGAGCAGGAUGAAAGACUUGUUGGUUUGUUAAAAGGACUGCAUCAGACAUACACAGGAAAUGAUUACAGCAACUCUAAAUCAGUUGUGCCUAUAGAAAGCAUAGAUUCAUUAUCUGUCAAGUCAUUCCCGAUGUGCAUGAGGCAGCUCCAUGAGCAGUUGAGGUUGGCUCACCAUUUGAAACACGGUGGUAGACUUCAGUAUGGAUUAUUUUUGAAAGGCAUAGGUGUUACUUUGGAAGAUUCUUUAAGAUUCUGGAGAGAGGAGUUUACUAAAAUAAUGGAGUUGGAUAAGUUUGAGAAGUCAUAUGCAUAUAAUGUUAGGUACAAUUAUGGAAAAGAAGGAAGUAAGAAGAACUAUUCUCCAUUUAGUUGCCUAAAGAUUAUCAAUUCACAAGUCGGUCCCGGAGACUGCCAUGGAUGUCCUUACAAGCAUAGUGAUGUCAGUAAUUUAAAGAAUAAAUUGCAAGAAUAUGGAUUAGCUGCCCAAGCUGUUUCAGAUAUUGUAGAAGUUGUUAAAAAAGGGCAUUAUCAAGUUGCUUGCACUAAAUAUUUUGAUGCAAUCCACAAUACUGAUAUAGCUCUAGGGAUAAAUCACCCUAAUCAGUUCUUUGAAGAGAGUCAGAAAAUAAUAACUGAUGCUGUUAAAAUUGAACCCAAAUAUGAAGGAAAAGCAAAUAUCAAGAAAGAACCUGACAAUGAUUUAGAAGACAUGGAUUUUGAUGAAAUAAUGACCAAGUAAUUAAAAGCACAGUCCACAUAAUUUUCAGGUGCUAUAGUGUAAUGAACAAAAGUUUUGAUUUUAAAAAUUGAAUUAAAUGUUAAAAUGGCAUCUCAAAUGGAACCAGCUUACUUGACAUAAUACAUUCCACCUCCUCUCUUGACAAACUUUUUGUUCAAAUAUAUAUUUUGUAUAAUAUGUACUUUAAAAGGAGAUUUGUACAAUUUAUAUAAAUAAAAACAACCUAAUUUUA